AUGGAGUUCGUCAGGUUUCAUAGAGAGGAGUUCGAGAACAUUUGUCGAGAUGGCCUCUCUUCCUCUACUCUUGGCCUCCUGUCCCUCGUCGUCCUCCACCCCAUCUCCAGCGCCGCCGCCAUCCGCCUCCGUGGCGUCCGCCAUCACCCCUCCUCCUCCUCAUCAGACCUCCCUCUCUUCCGGGAAGCCCCCGCAUUCCGCAACGGCGAUGAAUGCGGCUCCAAUGACGCCGACCGCAUCCACGUGGCCAUGACCCUCGACGAAAACUACCUCCGGGGAACCAUGGCCGCCGUGCAAUCGAUGCUGCAACAUUCCACGUGCCCAGAAAACCUCUCUUUCUAUUUCCUCUCCGCUCGUGACGACCCUGAGCUUUACAACAGCAUCAAAUCCACCUUCCCUUACCUCAACUUCAACAUCUCCCGCUUCGAUUCAACCCGAGUUCAAGGAAAAAUCUCAAAGUCCAUCAGAUUAGCCCUAGACCAGCCAUUAAAUUACGCAAGAAUCUACCUCGCAGACGCUUUACCAAAAGAAGUAAGACGUGUAAUAUACCUAGACUCAGACCUCAUCGUCGUCGACGAUAUAGCCAAACUCUGGGGUGUAGACAUGGAAGGGAAGGUCGUCGCCGCACCGGAAUAUUGCCGCGCUAACUUCACUGUAUAUUUCACGAGCAACUUCUGGUCAGAUCCUUACCUAACGAAGACGUUCGAUGGUAGAAACGCGUGUUACUUCAACACAGGGGUGAUGGUGAUGGACGUAGAGAAAUGGAGAAAAGAAGGGUUUACACAGAAAGUGGAGGAGUGGAUGAAAGUGCAGAAGGAGAAGAAGAUAUAUAACUUGGGUUCACUUCCGCCAUUUUUGCUGGUGUUGGCCGGAAACAUAAAGGCGGUGGAUCACCGGUGGAAUCAGCACGGGCUCGGUGGUGACAAUUUUGAAGGUAAGUGCAGGAGCUUGCACCCUGGUCCGAUCAGUUUAUUGCAUUGGAGUGGCAAGGGCAAGCCAUGGCUCAGGUUGGACUCCAGAAAGCCAUGCAUCGUCGACCACCUUUGGGCACCUUACGAUCUGUACAGGUCGUCCAGACACUUUCUGGAAGAAUGA